AUGGAUCACACUCACAAAAAUCGCAGUUAUACUAUCGUGUUUAAACUUGAUAUAAUCGCUUAUGCGGAAGAAACAUCUAAUUGUCGUGCUCUUAAAGAAAAUAAAGAUAUAAAUAUAGAUCAAACACGUGUUCUUAGUAGUUGUGGUCGAAAAGCAAUGUAUCCUGGGUUAGAAAAGGAAUUGGUGGAUUAUAUUAAAAAAAAGAGAGAAGAAAAACUUGCGGUUACAACGUCCAUGAUUAGGAAAAAGGCAAAGGAGUUAGGAAAGACCCUAGAUAUUAGGGAUGCCAAAUUUUCGCGUAGCUGGUGUGAUCGUUUUAGAAAACAACAUAGUUUGGUGAAACGUACCCGAACACAAAUUGUGCAAAAAUUUCCUAAAAAUAUGCUUUUAGUUAUUAGAGACUUUCUUGAUGUUUUACGUGAAAAAACAAAUGUUAUUGAAAAACAAUUUAUUAUCUCUUUUGAUGAAACGCCUAUGUGGUUCGACAUGCCUUGGAACUCGACAAUAGAUUUUCAAGGUGUUUGUGAAGUACCAAUCAAAACCACAGGAAGUGAUAAAUUGCGUUUUAUUGUAGUUUUGGGCUACUGGACAGCACCUCAUGCAAAUAUGAAAGGUGAUCUAAUGAUUUCUACUUAUAUACCACAAGCUAUUCGAUCAAGACCAAAUGGUUUUUUUAAAAGUAAGAGUAUUAUAUUCGUUGAUGGUCAUCGAAGUCAUGUCCGUGAUGAUGUAAAAAAAGCAUUUAAAGCAGAGAGGCUAGAUCUUUUAGAAAUACCUGGAGAAACAACUAGUGUUUUACAACCACCAGACGUUUUGGUUAACAAGCCAUUUAAAAAUGAAGUAAGACAAAGAUGGGAACACUGGAUUGAUGAAGGAAAAAAAGUACUUACUAAAAAUAAAAAUCGUAAAAAAGCCUCAUAUGAACUUGUCUGUGAAUGGGUGUCUAAAACCUGGAAGGAGAUUAGUCCUAAUAUUUUAGUUAGGUCUUUCGAAGUAGCUGGACUUACGCUUAAUCCAGAUGGUAGUGAAAAUGAUAAAAUGUCUCAACGUCUUCAGACAAUUGUUCAAGCUGUCGCUGAAAACCAGACAAAUGAAUUGAAUAUGAAUGAGUUAUUGGAUGCGCUUCCAGAAGAUGAAAAUGAAAGUGUGAUAGAUGUGGAAAAUCAAACUGACAAUGAAGAAAAUACCACUGAUGAAACCGAUGAUGAAAAUGCAAUAGAUUAUGAAUAUGUAACGGAUGAUGAUGAAAGAAUGAUAGAAUAA